AUGCCAAGAUUGGAAGAUCUUGAAAUCAAGAAGUAUUGGAACAUCUUCUCCAAUUUAAAACCUGUGGAUAAUAAAGUCGAUCACGAUCAAGUAUCGCCCAUUCUUUAUAAUUCCAAGUUAGAUUCAUCCAUCCUAAACAAGAUUUGGUUCCUUGCUGAUAUUGAUGAUGAUGAUAAACUGGAUUUUGAAGAAUUCGUCAUUUGUAUGAGACUAAUCUUCGAUAUGAUUAAUAAGAAUAUCGAAGAAGUCCCUGAGGAAUUACCUGCUUGGUUAAUUCCCGGAAGUAAAGCUAAAUUGGUGAAAGAGAGAGUGGAAAGAAAACAAAAGGAAAAUGCCGACCUCCCAAAGAAGGAACCACCAAAGGUAGAUUGGUAUAUGAGUCCUCAAGAUUUAACUCAAUACCAGAAAAUAUUAGAUUCUUGUGGAACCGCAACGGAUGGAAGCUUCACCUUUGCUGCCUUAUCCAUCCCUUUAAAAUCUAAAUUCUUCAACAUCGGUUCAAGUGAUUUAUCAAAGGCUUGGGACUUAAUUAAUCCAAAAAACUUGGCUUCCAUUGAUAAAGAUCCUGCUCUAUUAUUUAUUCAUUGUCUAAGGCAAAGAAAUGAUAUUGGUGCCAUUAUCCCAUUUGAACUGCCCACUGCUUUAGCUGAGACUGUGAAUAAACAACAAAUUAAGUAUGACUUGAAUGCCACUCAAUCGUCAUCAACAAGAGCAACCGCAGCACCUGUGGAGAAGAAAACUGAGUCAUCACAACAAAAACAACCAACAACUGUUUCAAACACAAACCCAGAUACUGAAAUUAAGGCAUUAGAAACAAAGUUACACAACUUAGAUUCUAAACUUACUGACUCAAGUAAGAAGUCAACAGAUCUAUCUUCUAUACCAUCCGAAAAAUUGGAUUUAAUAAGAGAACAGUAUGAGGGACUUCUAGAAUACUUGCUAAAUCAAGCAAGCUCACCAGCAAAUAAUUCCCCUGUAGAUGUUAGGGUAGUCACAGAGGAUUUAGAUAACAUUGAACAACAAGUAAAUGGGUUAGAAACGUAUUUACAAAAUAAGAAACAAGAGCUACAAUCUUUGAAUGAAGAGAUUCAAUCGUAUUCUCAUUAG